AUGCAGCACUCCUCUUACGGCGCUUCACUUCCCGAUGCGCUGGUGCGUGCCAUACGCGCAGCCAGCAAGCCCUUUUUCCAGAUUCAGGCCUCCCGGUACGCGCAAGAGCCCCACAGCAAGUCGGACUUGGGCUUUGUGUCGCUUGUGAUGAAGACGAAGGCGCUCGUGCCGCAGGAGAAGUUCGAUAGCAGCCACCUGUUGCCCAGCGCCUGGUCUGAGCUGUACCGCACUGCUGUGAAGGAGUUGGCGGACGCCGACGCCAAGGAACUCUGGGGCCUCGUCUCCGCUGUGCUAAGAGUGGUGGAACAGGGCGCGGUCGACAGCGUAAACGCGAGCGCCACCAUUGUCGAGUGGCACAGCUGGUUUGAUGAUGAGCUCGCAGACGCCGGAGCGGUGAUUCGGCAGCUGCAGCGCGAGGACCCGCGCAUCGAUUCGGACGUUGUUGUCGAGGAGCUCGGGUCGAACGUGCUAGGCCGCAUCGAAGGUGCAUUUCUCACUGGGCACUUCCACGCCGCUGCGUCACUCAUCGACGCGCUGCUGCUGUACCUGCGCCGCGGCGGGUCAGCACUACUGACCGCGGAGGUGGAAACAGCCUUGGUGAAUGUGAAGCGGCUGCUCACGGUUACGUUUCACGACCCGGUGAGCCACCGGCAGUGGGUGGAGGCCGCGAACGACGAACUACAGGACUCGCGCAUCAUUCUUUUGGGUGCGUCCCGAGGCAGCCAGAGCGGCAACGACAAUGGCAGCGGCAGCAGCGCCGACGGGGCCACCGUGAUCGACAAGCUGGUCGAAGACCUCUGCGCCGCCUCCUUAGACAUCCUCUUGCUCAUCACGAAGGAUGCGAAGCGGAUGUGCGAUCGGUGCCUCGACUCGCACCGCACCGCCACAGAUUUUCUAGUAGCGGUAUGCGCUAUCAUAGAGCCCUACGCUGGCCUCCAGCGCGUAUACUCUGUCUUUGCCAAGUACGUGGAUAACUGGGACAACACCGAUGGUCGUCAGUGGUACUACGCGUGUGUCUUGGCAAUUCUCGGCGUGGGCUCGGUAGCGGACAUGGUGGCGGCGAUGCACGAGGUGGCGACGAUUGCGGCAGAGACGUUGCCGCAGGAGGCGGCGGUCUCCUCCAGUAUCAGCAAUGAAGAGGCAUACGACUGCGACAACGACGACGCAGAUGAAGUUAGCGAUACGGUGAGCCUCGACACCGUCACAGCCGCCGCAAAGCUGCCGAGUGCGACAACAACGCGGCGCUUUAUGUUGGCGUGCAUGACGGCCCAUAUCGCCGACCUGUGUGCGCCGACAGUCGUUUCCACCUCAGCAGCCGAGAUUCACUUGACGUUCUGCCGCAACGAACUUGUUACGGCCUACGCGCGGCUCUUUGCAAUGCAUCCGCGCACGUGGCGCAUUGCCGGGCUUUACGCCUGCUACUCGCCCCUCAAUGACCCGCUUUUCCUCAGCGAAAUCGUGCUUGCCAUUGCGCCGGCGGCCGCGGUAGACGAGACUGUGUACCGCAGUCUGCGUGCUUUCUUCCACACGACGUGGAGCACUAGCAGUGACCACCAGCAGGCAGUGCGCGCAAAGCUGGAGGCCGCGCUGCCGGAGCACGCGGCUGUAGCGAAGUGGUGGUCCGCCAUGGAAUACUACUACUCCGAGUCCUACCGGGACGCGCACCGGUAUAUUAUCAUGACGCAGCUAAACAGCGGCAACGGUGUGCGCGCGGUGUGGCUGGCCGUGCAAACACAUCUAACGGAGGUCAUUGAGUCUGAGCUGCGCCGUCAGCUGACGAGCAAAGAUGCCUUGGAGAACGCGGAGCUCUACACGGUGGGCUCCGCCGUCCAAAAUGGGUUCAUUGCCGUAGACGCAUGCGCAAACAUGGAGCUAGGACGCUACCUGUGCGCUGCCGCGGCGCUCUCGGCAUAUCGGCAAGCCGCGACGGCAGCCGACGCGUCUCUCGCGGUGCUUGCUCAGGGCCAACCAUCGCGGUCAUCAUCUCGAAAAUUCGAAUUUGCCCUCGCGGUGGCGGCUACGUGCCUGCAGACGAUCGAAACAGCUUUGAAGAGUGUCGUUGAGUGUCAUGCGAUGGUGCACCCGUCCACGAUCUUCACCCUUGUGGAGCACGGCACCUCGCUGCUGCUCUCACUGCGCCAGCUCAUGCGUGUCCCAAAAACAGGGGAGUCUACUGGCUCCGCCCACGUGUCCAGCUGUGUGCUGCCGCUGCUGAUCGAGUCGUACGAGCUGGCAAGCAUCCACAACGUCCACCACGACCCGAGCCUAGCAGAUCGCAGUCGCGCCUUGGCUGAACAGUUGGCUCACGUGCACCAGACCUCCAUUUGA